CAAGGCUUCGAAAAUGGCGGCGCGCGAUCCUCGGCGGCGCACGUGUGAAACCGAGGAACCCAUGGAGGCUGAGUCCCGCGAUACAGGGUCCCAGGGCCCGGCCCAGGUCUACCUGCCCGGCCGGGGACCGCCGCUGCGUGAAGGAGAGGAGCUGGUCAUGGACGAGGAGGCCUACGUGCUGUACCACCGAGCUCAGACUGGCGCCCCCUGUCUCAGCUUUGACAUAGUCCGGGAUCACCUGGGAGACAAUCGGACAGAGCUUCCUCUUACAUGUUACCUGUGUGCUGGGACCCAGGCGGAGAGCGCCCAGAGCAACAGGUUAAUGAUGCUUCGGAUGCACAAUCUUCAUGGGACGAAGCCCCCACCAUCAGAGGGCAGCGAUGAGGAGGAGGAGGAAGAUGAAGAGGAUGAAGAGGAUCGGAAGCCUCAGCUGGAGCUGGCCAUGGUGCCCCACUAUGGUGGCAUCAACCGAGUUCGGGUGUCGUGGCUGGGUGAGGAGCCCGUGGCAGGGGUGUGGUCAGAGAAGGGUCAGGUGGAGGUGUAUGCACUGCGGCGGCUUCUGCAGGUGGUAGAUGACCCUCAGGCGCUGGCGACCUUCCUCCGGGAUGAGCAGACCCGCGUGAAGCCCAUCUUCACCUUCGCUGGCCACAUGGGCGAGGGCUUUGCUCUUGACUGGUCUCCCCGUGUGCCUGGGCGCCUGCUGACCGGUGACUGUCAGAAGAACAUCCACCUCUGGACGCCUACGGACGGUGGCUCCUGGCACGUGGACCAGCGGCCGUUUGUGGGCCACACACGCUCCGUGGAAGAUCUGCAGUGGUCCCCGACCGAGGACACAGUAUUUGCCUCCUGCUCAGCUGAUGCCUCCAUUCGCAUCUGGGACAUCCGGGCAGCCCCCAGCAAGGCCUGCAUGCUCACCACUGCCACUGCCCAUGAUGGGGACGUCAACGUCAUCAGCUGGAGCCGCCGGGAGCCCUUCCUGCUCAGUGGCGGGGAUGAUGGGGCCCUCAAGGUCUGGGACCUGCGGCAGUUCAAGUCUGGCUCCCCAGUGGCCACCUUCAAGCAGCAUGUGGCCCCCGUGACCUCCGUUGAGUGGCACCCCCAGGACAGUGGGGUCUUCGCAGCCUCGGGUGCAGACAACCAGAUCACACAGUGGGACCUGGCAGUGGAGCGGGACCCUGAGGCAGGCGACGCGGAGACCGACCCCGGGCUUGCGGACCUCCCCCAGCAGCUACUGUUCGUGCACCAGGGCGAGACAGACCUGAAGGAGCUGCACUGGCACCCUCAGUGCCCCGGGGUCCUGGUCAGCACCGCCCUGUCCGGCUUCACUGUCUUCCGCACCAUUAGUGUCUGAGACAGCCCAGCACAUCUGUCUGGCCUUGCGCUUGGUUCUGAAGUUGAAGUUGGUUUCCCUGAAGGGACUCAUUCAGAUCUCAGCAGAUCUGACCACCACCAGUCCUCCUCCAAAGGAAGGACUUUGUUUGGCCCAUUGGCCACCAUGAUGGAUUCUGUUUGACUUAAUAUUCUUUGAAAGGACUUGGUUUGGUCCAGUGACCCCUCCCACCAAAGAAUAUGGUUUGACCCAUGACUCUAAAACAACUUGGUUUGGUAUAAUGACACCUCCAACCAAAGGACUUGGUUUGACCCAUGACCCUCUAAAGCCACUGGCUUUGACUCCAAUGACCCU